UAGUUUAUUAGUCACCAAAGCGAUCUUCAUCUGGUAGCUUCGAGCAAAUUACUUUUGUUCUGUUUUAGCAAAAAAUCAUUUGAAGAAACUUACACGUUUAUUCAUUUUACUUCUCUUUUUAUCGACGUUCAUCGAUCGUACAGACAAUAAAAAUGUCUCCGAGCAUGUUCUUCAUCAAAUACGAUCGAUCUAAUGCAACUUACUUCCCGGGUGAAAAUAUAACCGGUUGUGUGAUCGUCGUAUUGAGCGAGAAAAAAAGUGUUCAAGAUUUAAAAGUAUAUUUCAAAGGAGAGGCUCAUGUUCAUUGGUCAACUGGAAAUGGAAAUGAUGCUACAUUAACUGGUGAUCACAAUGCCACUGAAAAAUAUUUCAGUAUAGAACAAUCGCUGCUAAAAAGAUCGUCAGAGGACGAAAAAAUUGAACUUCCGGAAGGACAGAGCGAAUAUUAUUUUUCUUUUCAAUUGCCAAUGAACAUACCAUGUAGUUUUGAACAUAAGAUGGGAUAUAUUCGUUAUACUGCAAAAGCAAUCGUCGAUAUACCAUGGAGAUUAAAUUGGUGGACAAAAUCUGCGUUCACCGUGAUCACUCCGUUCGAUUUAAAUGCCAUUUCGUAUCAAUGCGUUGGAAUAGACGAAGAGACAUCGAAAGAUUUUUCUUGUUGUUGCUUAAACAAAGGCUCGAUAAACGUACGAAUAAAGGUACCAACCUUAGGAUACGUUCCAGGACAAUUUAUAACGACCGAAGUGAUAUCAGAUAUAAAAUCGCCGAACGUUAACAUAACCAAAAUUUCAACGAAACUCGAAGAAGAAAUUAUCUUUCACGCGCAAAGCUUCACAGAAAAAGCAGAAAUCUUAUUACAAAAGAGCCAAGAAGAUGGACCAAUUGGAAAGCGUCAUCAUACUAAUCUGAAACUUUAUGUUCCACCUCUGCCACCAUCUAAUCUAGAACAUUGUGGUAUCAUCGAAUUGAAAUAUUGUCUACGUGUGAAAGUUCACGUCAAUGGCAUGCAUACAAAGAUCGAUAAAAAGUAUCCGAUAUUAAUUGGAACAAUACCUCUAUUUUCUUCACCAUAUACAUCAUGGAUUCAAGUUGACGAUACUCAGCCAACAGCACCGAUAAUUGAUCACGAACCAUCAGAGUCUAUUGCCAUAAAACCUAUACCUAUAUCAAUAUCUAGUUUUGCUGAACCACCAAGUAGUGUAACCGAUUUAUCAGGAAUUACUCAGCCUAAUUUCAACGAGUUCCAAUUAACAAAUCAAUCAAUAGGACGGAACAUGCCACCUCCUUCUUAUGAAAAAUGUAUACAAAAAGCUGAUAAUAUCAAGGACAAUGAUGAUACUAAUUUCGUUCAUGGUGCAGAUCAACCAUUUGCCCCAAGAUAUCCAGUUUUCAAUUUUAGGAAUCCUUAUCAACUCAAUUAAAUAAUCUCAGAUUAAAUUCUAGGAUUAAAUUACUGGCCGUAUACUAGCAUAUAUGAAAUAUCUUAAAUAAAAUGAUGAUAAAUCAAAAUGGAAA